AUGGGUUUUGAGCAGGACACAACAACAUUGGUGCCUCCAUGGCUUGAGUCAAUGCUAAAGACACCAUUUUUCAAUGUGUGUCGGACUCACGGUGAUGCCGCGAGGAGCGAGUGUAACAUGUUUUGCCUUGAUUGCAAUGGGGAUGCAUUUUGCUUUUAUUGCCGUUCCUCAAGACACAAGGAUCACCAAGUCAUUCAGAUAAGGAGAUCUUCUUAUCACGAUGUGGUGAGGGUGGCGGAAAUUCAGAAGGUUUUGGACAUUAGUGGAGUACAGACAUACGUGAUCAACAGUGCCAGAGUUCUGUUUCUGAAUGAGAGGCCUCAACCAAAAUCUGGGAAAGGGGUAGCUCACAUUUGUGAGAUUUGUGGAAGAAGCCUCUUGGACCCUUUUCGCUUCUGUUCUUUAGGGUGUAAGGCUUCAACAAUGGAGGGUAUGUCAAGGAGAUCAAUCUCUUCAAGACAAGAAGAAGAAGAAGAAUUGCGUGAAGGCUCACAACAAGACAUGUACCCGGCCACGCUUCCUCCACCUCCUUCAAACGCAAGGAGAAGGAAAGGCAUUCCUCAUAGGGCUCCUUUUGGCUCCUAAUCAUUGUUUUCUUCUUCCAUCAAAAUUGGUACAUACUCAAU